AUCCCUGCAUUCGUCUCCCUCCCAGCCGAUCGGCAGGGUUUAUGGAGUCUCUGGGUUUGCGGGGAAAAUGAAAAUCUCUUCACUGGUCGUAGUUCUCCUGACUAGAUCUUUCGUCGGAGAAGUCUGCGCGGCCCUGAACGUGACGGUGACCCCGGGGCCGGUCGUCAUGUGCCCGGAGGGGUCGAACGUCACCCUGUCCUGCCGAGUGUCCGCGCGGAAGUGGGCCAGCAGCCUGCUGGUGGUGCGCUGGCUGUACGCCCGCCAGCAGGGGGCGCAGGAGCACCUGAUCGUCAAGCUGAACAUGCGGAAGGGCCAGUUCUACGGGAACUACACGCGGCGCUUCGCCCAGCCCAAGCUGAGGCUGUCGGAGGAGGAGGAGGAGGACGAGGGCAGGGCCUUCAGGCUGCAGGUCCUGCGCGUGUCCCAGGACGACGAGGGGCGCUACGUCUGCAGGGUGCAGGAGAUCCGGAAGCACCGCAGCCGCUGGCGGGCGUUCUCCAACGGCACGGCCGCUGCUGAGCUGCGAGUACACACUUUGCAGGCCGCCAACAACAAGGAAGGGAUAUGGCGGCUGUUUCAAGACGUUUACCUGUGUGCCCUGCUGCUUUGCUCCAUCGGGCUCGUGUGCAUGUUCCUGUUCCUGGUAAUCACCUCAUGCCAGUACCUGCAGAGGAAGCGGAGGUUGAAAGCCACUUACAAUUUGGUCAAGAGCCCUCAGAACAGUUCGGGGGAGACGGUUACCAGUAUGAUCGGCUCGUCUCCAGGGUUACCGCGGAAACAGACCUCCAAAGAUCCACCCAGCGGGAUGCCUCCCGACAUACCUCUGAAAGCACCAAUGGGAGAAAAGAUGAGAAGACCAAAACUUUUAAAGGUUCAACCAAGAAAAGUGGUUUUGCCAAAGAUCACAGAGGAGAGCCUGACGUACGCCGAGCUGGAGCUGGUGAAGCCGCAGACCGAGACAAAGACGGCCUGCACAGGAACGGUCUACGCCCAGAUCCUCUUUCAGGAAAAGCAAAUGUAAAUAAAAAUGUAUUAUACGCCGUUUCAUGCCAAAAGUGUAUUUAUAAAGCCGCUUGUGCCAUUUUGUUUUCCGUUUUGUGUCAGAAAGGUGUGCCCUAACUGAAUAUAAUGGUGAAGGUUUUCUGUGCGUAACGUACUGAACAAAUGGGUUUUCUGUGCUUGAUGUACCGAACCAAUGUGAAUCUUUUUUUUUUUUUGUUUUUGUUCAUAAUGUUACCCCUCGUACUUUUAGGAGUAGGUUCAUCUGCAUUUGAAGGAGUACAAGGACUCUGUUUGAAAUCACGUUUGCACGUGUACAUUGAAGGAUACUUUUAAACGUUAAUUUUCCUGGACAAAAAAACUGGUUUCCCGGUUUUCAAUUAUGAGCACUGCCAUGUUUGUUCAUCACUGUUGUUCAUGUCUUCCAUAUUGAUGCUAGAACCAUCAACCUAAUAAGCCAAGUAAAUCAAAUAAUAAAGUAAUAUUAACAUCCGGUGUGAAGAAUUUUAGCGGUCUGCUACCAAUAAGGCCCUUCACACACCUGCUAAAAAGUAUUAACAUGUACAUAUAAUGAUAUACAUACAAAAACAUACAAUUAUAUAGAAAUAAUUGUUCUGUGUGGGGAAAACAUCUUAUGAAUUUAAGGUUUUAGGCACGAGUCUGUAAGGUUUCAAAUCAUAUGCGAUCACAAAUCUUCAUUGUUAUGAAAAGCGCCUGUAAAAUGUUAUGGGUUCCAGAUUCAUUAUCCUUGAACAUGUCCGACCAUUCGUAAGGGUUAAAAAAAAGCUCAGAAGCUCACUGCUGUUAUUACUGAUGUUGCAUUUGAGGAUCUAAUAGUGAAUUUCAUAGAGCAUCAACUGUACAUUACCAGUCUCAAACCUCCCUACCACCCCCCUUUCCCCAAAUCCCCCAACCCCCCACCGAAGCAGCCAGCGUCGCCAGUGACUGUGUUGAACCCGCUAAUGGUUACAUUUAUUAAGAAUUAGACUAAUUGUAAUCAUGCUUAAUAAUUAGCUUUACAGUGCAUUAUAAUUGGGUUAGGCUACAAGAUGGUUCUGCCGAGGUGCUAUAAUUUAUUUGAUUUAAUUAUUCGGAGGAGCCCAACAGUUUGACAUUUAAUAUCGUAUUAGAAAAAAAAAAAAAAAAAAA